CAACAAUAACCCACUUAAACCUGUAUCUCUUAUUCCGGACAAGCUUUGCCCCAAUAGAAUGCGAGAGUCAGAGCCAAGCACGUGAUGACGCACCCUUAUUAUCUUGGCGACUAACAAAAAUGCGGAAGUGUAUUACUCCUACGGACAGCGGCCAAUCGACUGUCUUUACAUCCCGGCUCUUUCCCAAGAGGCCCUUCGCUUCCUCCCCAAGAUGGCGGAUCUGAACCGGCAAUUGCAGGAAUAUUUAGCUCAAUCGAAGGGCGGCGGCGGCACCACCUCGGCGGUCCUGUCAGUGCCACAGAGCCCAUCACGAGAUGAAACGGAGAAGGCCGGCUCGGGUUGGGGGGUUUGGCUUGGCCGGAUGAACCCUUUCCCCGCGACGGAGACAUGGCCAUGGGCAGCUGAACCAGAGCCGGAUCCGUGGUUGCCGACGGGUCUAUCUCGCUGGCAGCGACUUGUGGGGAGCGCGCUGUGCCUGCUGGUGGCCGCUCUUUGUUUCGGCCUCGCAACUCUGUAUGGGUCGCUCCUGUUGCUCAGGAAGUUUGCGCUGCUCUGGUCCUUGGGCUCGGCUUUUGCGUUAGGCGCCGCAGGCUUCCUGCGGGGCCCAAGUCGUCUCCUGGGCGAGCCGGACCGCCGCGGCCUGGCCAUUCUUUACUUAGCUUCAGUGGGUGGCACUCUGUACGCUGCGCUUGGGCUCCGGAGCACCCUGCUCACCACUCUGGGGGCCGUUGUCCAGCUAGUAACCGGGGGAGUUUACUUGUUGUCGUCGGUACCUGGCGGGAUUACCGGCCUGCGCUAUGUUGGAGGGCUUUUGGGCGGUGUCGUGCGGCGUCGUGUGUCUAAAACUCUGCCGGUGUGAGGGCAGCUAUCGAGGUGAACUUGUUCUUGGACUUGGGGAAACAAGAUCCGAUUUCUGUGGGAAAGAGCCCCGUGCCCUUCUCCAAACCAGCGAGCAAUACAGUACAUUCACUGAAGUCUCAUGGGGAAUUUUGCAGUAGAACGUUACUUUACCGAUUAUCUUUUGGUAUGGAGGACAAAGGAGCGCUUGAGUAGCCUUACUGUGAUUGGCAUGAACAAGCUGGAAAAGAUACUUGAAUUUAAUUGCAAAAAAAAGUUAUAAAAGAUUUGGCUGAACAAACCACUCAAGCAAUUGAACCAAUUAAGGGCUCCAAGAUGGAAAAGAAACUGGGCAAAGUGUUUUUGGUGCCUCCCCAAAGGCACACUUACUUGACUUUUUUUUGUGUGUAAACAGGCCCACCCAGCAGUGGGUAGCAGCAGUGGCAAUUACCCGAGGAAGCACAUUAAUGCCAGACUUGCUUUGGAAUCUAGCUACAAGUUACAUUAAGCAUGCUUUCAUAAAAGUGUUUUCCGUGCUGCCAUACCUAUUUUGAAGGAGAAGCAGCUGAUCCUCCAUUUCUUGCCAUCUCUGAGUUGCACUGCACAAAGAGGGAGGGUUGACAAGCAGGUAAACAUUCCCAGAGGAAGAAGGGACAUGAUCUGUUGGGGUAGUGGCAAGCAUAACUUGCCUGAUCCUUGCUGCUGAGUCAAUAGCUGAGUGAUGAUUAUGUAGUAGUAGCAAGAAUUACACUCUCAAUUACCAUUGCACUUACCAUUGACCACAUAAGGCUCAGUUCCCAAUUUUGUACUAGAGGAAGACAAGUGAGUGAUAGAGAGGAUGACAUGGUGACUCUUUCUAUGAUCAACCCUUUAUACUGCACUGCCCAGAGAAACGGGGCAAGGGGGCAGGCAGCUGCUUACACAUUUUCUCUAGGCAACACCACAGACCCAGUCCUACCUACAUGCACAUUCUCUUUGGGCAGCAGAGUGGGUGUGCAAGAGAGGUAGACAGGAACAACCUCUGCUUUCUCUUGCAUGUCCCCCUCCCAGCAGUAAACCUGAGAGAAGGCAUUGUGUGUAUGUUUCAGGGGGUUAACCGUCUGGAAGGCUCUGGUCUCCCUUUCUGGCCUGUUACGCAUGGUAGCAGGAGAAAAGGUUAUUCACUGUUUCCCUGGUCAGCUGCUUUCCCUUCAGAAAAGCUUCUCUAAAAGUGUGCUUAAUGUAGCAUGUAGUUGGACCCUAUGCUCUCUGAGAAGGGCAAAUUUUUUUUGGCUCUUCAGAGCCAGAGCAGGGACUAAAAUUUCAAGCAGUUGUGACCUUCUUCCAUUCAGUCCUAGCAUUAUAACAUUCCAAAUUGCCCUGUAACCUCUUGCCUUAUUAAAAGCCAGCAGUAUAACAAGUGUACCAAAUUCUUGCUGACUUCCAGUGUAACACUUCCUAUUCAAGCAAUGACUGCUAUGCCUGAUAAUAUUCAAAACAGUAUGACCACAUGGCUGCUGCAGUCCACGUCACUCUGAUUCUUUGGGAAAUCACAGUAUCUGUGAAAAAGCUGUGCCUGAAUAGAGUAUUCUCAUUUUUGUUUUAGGAAACUCCUUUGUAUCAUGGGGUUAUCUCUGGAAGUUGAAUAACCUCUCUGUCAUAACCCAUACAUAAAUGGAAGAUUUUUAAAAACACA